UGUCAACCCGCUGACUAUCGUUGUGCGACUCAACCAUCUCCAUCACCAUGGUCAGCCACCGACCGGCUGACAGCGCCACGCCCCAGCCACCCAUCGCCCCCGUCGUCAAGCGGAAGCGCCGCACCUCGUGCCUGGGCGAAGAAGAGCGCCGCGAGCGAAAGCGCGCCAUUGACCGUGAGGCCCAGCGCUCGCUGCGCGAAAAGACCAGGACACACAUUGCCGAGCUCGAGCGCACCAUAGAAAUCCUUCGAAACCAGGACCGCAACGGCGCCACUGCCAAUCUGCUCGCCGAGAUCGACGUCUUGCGCGCAGAGAACGAGCGCCUGAGAAAUGUCGUCGAGAGCGUCAAAGCCAUCGUCGGCUUCGACAUGGCCCUGCGAAACACGGCCCCAGCAAACGCAGCCAAUGCUGACGGCCAACAUGAUUCGCCACCAGCCACAAGCGCCGGUCGCCCAUCGUCUAAGCUGCCCACACCCUCGUCUAUCGCUGACGAGACGCCAUGCACAUGCACAUCCCUCAACGCCAACGCCAACGUCAACCCACCCACUUGUCUAGACCACCACCAAGUACUAAUGCCAGAUCACCUCGAUCUCGACGGCAUGAACAUGAUGAUAGACGUGGGCACACUAAUUGCCGCAGGCCCAAACGUGCAGCAGAGCCUGCCUUUUCAACCUCUUUUACACACUUCGGAAGAGGACCAAAUUGAAGAGGUGCAGUGGAGCGCUUCAUCACAAACCCCGUCGUGGAUAACACGUAUGGAAGAGGCCUAUGGCUUAAAUUUGUCCUGUCCUUCUCCCACCACCCUCCAUGUUGGCGUUCCCAACAACGUCAUCAUACCCACUUCGGGCGACGGCUGUCAUUUAUGGCUAAGACUCAAUGAGCUCUUUAGCAAAGUCUUCAGUCACUGCCCACAGAGAAACACCUCAUCGACCCUCGCAAGAAUAGACCAGUUUGAAGUGGGCUUGUUAUAUAUGGGCAUCAAGAAUGGCUGGGACAGCCUUUCACUCUCAUUGUCGCAGAGUCCUGCACUCACCAUCAUCAAGGAAGUCGACCAGGCAGCUUUUAGCCAUUUACCAAAAACCUGCAGAUUAGCUACCUUAUACAAGAGUUUUAAGCUGCUAAAGUAUUAUCUCAAUGCAACAAAGGAACAACUUGGCAAAGUGCCCGCUUGGCUACGUCCCAGCAUGUCCCAAGCCUCGACACAACACCCCAUCAUAGUCGACUUCUUCGCCUGGCCCACAUUGCGCUCGCGCUUCCUCGCCGAGCACGCCACCCUCGGCAAAAACUCCGAACUUGGACGCGCAUACACUCGCUACCUCCGCUUCGAGUGGCCCUUUGCCUUUGAAGAUGCCUUUUUCCUCGAUAAUGUCAGCGGCACCUAUCGUCCCAGUCCGCUGUUUGAGCGCUAUCAUCGGGACCUGAAGUAUUGGAAAAUGGACGAGGCUUUUUAUCACCUCUUUCCCCAAAUGAGGGCCGAUAUUGAGGGUGAUAGGAAUAACUAUGGCGAUGUGAACGGGUAA